CCUGAGCUCCGCGGAGCGGUGGGGAUCGAGGCGGUCACCGCGUGGCGGGCGCGGGCGGCCCGGCGCUGAGGGGGACGCCGCCCUCCCUCGGCCACCUCCGCGUGGCAUAGUACUGCCGGGGCAGCCUGAGCCCGGGCUGGGCGGUCGGAGGUGGGGCUGGCAAAUUCCCGCGGAUCCUGCAGAGAUCUAGGCCCCGGGGAGGAGCCGAGAGCGUUUCCCCGCAGACUCCUGGAUACGUGAUUCAUAUUUGGGAACUGCGGCAGUCCGCGUCCAACUCCUGGUCUCGUUCCCACGCGAUUAGAGCCGCCAGGGUCUGCAGCCAUGGCGAUGAACCUUCUGGAAGAUUGGUGCCGGGGGAUGGAUGUGGAUAUCCACAGGUCGCUGUUGGUCACGGGCAUUCCAGAGGACUGUGGCCAAGACGAAAUCGAGGAGACCUUGCGGGAGGUCUUCUCCCCGCUGGGCCCGUACCAGGUCCUCAACAAGAUCUUUCUGAGGGCAGAGAAUGCCAAAGCUGUCCUCAUUGAGCUUGGCGAGGGCAUGAAUCUGAGCACCAUACCCCGGCAAUUUCCAGGAAAGGGGGGUUCCUGGAGGGUGGUCUGUCGAGACCCCACCCAGGACGCCGAGUUUCUGAAAAACCUAAAUGAGUUCCUGGAAAGCGAGGGGCGCACUGUGGAGGAUGUGGUCCGCCUGCUGCAGCUCCACCGCCCCCCACAGCCCCAGAACCCGAAUCGGCCCUCAGACAGCUGGGCCGAAACUCUGGGCCUGCUCCUGGGGACGGUCGUGCAAGUCAUCUGUCACCUGGAUGCCGAGCUGCGCCAGCGGGAGGAAGCGAGGGCUCUGGAGGCUGCGGAGGUAGCGGCCGCGGCCUUAGCAGCAGAGAGGAAGCCUAAGAAGAUCAAGGAGGAGCCGGGGCAGGCCGCGGACGUGCGCUCUGUCCUGAAGAUGGAGAGCCCCAACCGCUGGAGCGACACGGAAGAGGAGGGAGACCCUCCCAAGCCCUUGGUUCGUCAGGUGAGGGCCAGGACCCCCUCCAGAAGGAAGAGGCAGAACAAAACCCCCAGGCAGGAGCCAGUGUCCUGGAGAAAAAACAAAGGCAGCGGCCCCGACGCCUCCACCUACUUAGAGGAUCUUGAGGCUGAUGAUGCUGAAAGUAUGGAGAUCCCAGAAAACAUCAGGAGCCCCAAAAAGCCCCGCGUGAAGCAGGAGGAGCCGGCCUCAAAGAAGCCAGCAGCGAAAUGUGCUCGGAAGCUCCGCAGAGCCCCGGCCCAGGGCGAAGCCGCGGGCCCCGGCAGCGCCUCGGAGUCAGAUCCUGAUGGCGGCCGCGAGGGCCCGCCCAAGAGGAAGAGCGCGGCCAAGAGCCUCGCCCCCGGGAGGAAGAGGAAGAGGGUGAGCCUGGGCCCCGUCUCCUAUGUCCUGGUCAAUUCGGGAGACCCCAAGAAGAAGCCGGCAAUUCCGAAGAAAGGGCCAGGCUCGAGGAAGACCGCGUCCGUCCAGAGGGCCCCAAGAGGCCCCAAACCCACCCAAGCGCCACCCGCCAUGUCGCGGGGUCCCAAGACCAAGCCCGAAUGCUCUCCUCACGCCUCCAACGAAUCCAGAAAACUGAUUUCAAGCACCGUGCAUACCUGAAGAGUUGAAAGAAGAGCAAGGAAGAAGUUAAGUUGGGAACAAACCAAGCUAGUUUGGCAAAUUCUAGAACGUUCACCUUUAUUCCUGGGCAGGGUCACUGUUAGGCUCGCCUAUGUUUGCCUUUUCUACCGCACUCCCUACUUCCUCUUCAGGGUGGGCAGAAGACCUAAGAAGGCACUGGUGUUUUGAAAAGUAAGGUGGCAGUUUUCUAAUUUCCACUUUCUCAGUUCCUCAACCAGUGGGUAAGUUAAGCCAGGACCUUCUUUGUAGACCUAGUUUCCUUGCUUCUCCCAUUUGUCAGGUUCCAUUCUCCACUUAUCAUACCAGAGAGUGGUGAAGCAUCAAAAUUUAGUUUUGGGGGGAAAGAAUGAUUGGUUAGCUUUGUGGUAUUGGGUUUUAGAUCCAUUAAUAAAAAUGGUACUUUAAUUCUCAUUUGAGAUAAAGCCCUCAGGAAGCAGUGAUUGGUAGGAAGUACUCUAAUUUUAUUCAGUGCUGCUAAGCUCUCAUCAUCUUUGAGGCUGAAAACCACUUCUGACACUAUGGUAAGAGGGAAAAAAAAAUCCUUGAAAAAUUUUAUCAAUUUCUGUUCUCUGAAUAGGCACACUAAAUCAGACCAGAAUACCAUGUUGUGUGUGUGUGUGUGUGUGUGUGUAGGGGGGGAGUCAGUGUGUGUGUGUGUGUGUGUGUGUGUAGGGGGGGAGUCAGGUUAACCAAGAUCAGUGGUUUUCAGACUGCAUCCCAGGGAACCCCAAGGCUUCCACAAAGAUUUAAUCUGAAUCUAUUUUUUUUUCACACUUUUUUUUACAAAACUGUGAAAGACGACCACUUGAGUAUGUCUAAACCAAAUAAUACCAUGUCGGAGACUAUCAGGAUAUUACUUUGUGUUCAUAGGCUUAACCUGGUUUUGUAAGGUCCCAAGUUAGUUGUCUCUGCCACCCCUUUACUAAUGUAAUUGCUUUUCUUGUAAAUGUGACUUUGAGAGGAAUGUUAGAAGUGGAAGAAAUUCAGUCCUGUGCAUGUUCUGUAAUGUAACACUGUGAACGCAAGUUUUAUCUUUCUAAUUCACAUAUUUUUGUGAAAACCGCAGUUUUCAGUGUUGUAAUAGCAAAUUAGCAAUUAAGUGUAUUAGUAUAGCACACAGUAAUAAUAAUCUAGUGUAGUGAGUUUUGGCCCUUGCAAGUUUGGGGCAUCUCUUUUCUGACCUCAUCUUCUGUGAUCAAGAAUGUGAAUAGUUGUUAGAUGUUGUUAGUGAUCCAUAUUUGAAACGGAAAUUUCUGGUGAACUCCUUUCAAAAUCCUGGAUGAAUUUAGCUGAUGAUGGAGAAAGAAAGAAAAUAGUUUCCAUUUGCUACUCGUCAGCAUGCACUGAGUUUCUCCUUGGGCCUGUGCAAAACAGUGCGGGAGUAAAUUGCACCCCCCAAGAUGAGAAGCCUACAGUUGUCCAGCUCCUAAUUUCAAAGUCGGGGCCACUAGGACUUCAUUGUGUUAACAGUUUGACACCUUGAUCAGUAAGUGUAAACGUGUUGCAUAAAAUAAAAUUUAGCAAGUUAAAUGUC